GAGAAAGUGAAAGUCAGCAGCAGGAACAUGAGGGAAGGAUGACAGAGUCAAUAUGAUCGAGGUUUAAGAGACGUCAUUGAUUCAUCCAUAUUCUGACAGUGUGACAUCUGGACAAAUCAUCCCUGCAGGCAUUCACCACUCACAUCAGGUGGUCCUUCAUCGCUCCUCAUGUUUGGAAUGUGACCGAGUUCAUAUAGCUGUCAGCCUGUCACACGGUUGGCUUUUUCUUUUUUAAAUCAGCGGUUAAAGGACAUUUCUUCUACAAUGGUCUUGGUGAGGCUGUUGGUGCUGUCUCUAUUUCACAUGUCUCUGGUUGGGUCGCAACAGGCGUCUAGCCCUCCUCACCCCACAGGAGAACAAUCUCCUUUGGAUACUGGUAAUCUGUCCUUCCCUUGGAGCCGUCUUCGCCUUCCAAGGUACAUCAUUCCUCUUCACUACCACCUCCUCCUGCAUCCCAACCUCACAAGUCUCAGUUUCACUGGCUCAGUGCAGAUCCAGUUUGAUGUCCAGAACAACACAAACUGGGUUGUAUUACACAGCAAGGGUCUGCAGAUCUCCAAGGCCACUAUAGUGGACCAGAACUUCGCUCAUAUGUCUGAUCAGGUUCUUCCCGUUCUUCAUAACCCUUCCCAUGAGCAGAUUGGCAUUUUCUCUCCCAGAGUGCUCGUCAGCGGGCAAAAGUACUUUCUGUAUAUUGAGUUUGGGGCAAAAUUUGCAGAAGGCUUCUAUGGCUUCUAUAAGAGCACCUACAGAACCAGUACAGGAGAGACCAGAACCUUAGCUUCAACUCACUUUGAGCCAACGAGUGCUCGGAUGGCAUUCCCUUGUUUCGACGAGCCGAGCUUCAAAGCUAACUUCUCCGUACGGAUCAGGAGGAGUCCAGAGCACAUUUCUCUGUCCAACAUGCCUGUAGUCAAGACGUUUGAAGUAAACGAUGGCCUGCUUGAGGACCAGUUUGAUGCAAGUGUAAAGAUGAGCACUUAUCUCGUAGCUUUUGUCAUCUGUGACUUCAAAUCCGUCACUGCAACAACAUCCUCUGGGGUGCAGGUGUCCAUCUAUGCCUCCCCUGAGAAGUGGUCGCAAACCCGCUAUGCCCUGGAGGUUGCUGUCAAAAUGCUAGACUUCUACGAGGAAUAUUUCAACAUCCACUAUCCUCUACCCAAACAAGAUCUGAUAGCCAUCCCAGACUUUGAGUCCGGUGCGAUGGAGAACUGGGGGCUGACCACCUACAGAGAGACCAGCCUACUCUUUGAUCCCCUUACGUCCUUUUCUGAUAAACUCUGGGUCACAAUGGUGAUUGGACAUGAGCUUGCCCAUCAGUGGUUUGGUAACUUGGUGACCAUGGAGUGGUGGAACGAUAUCUGGCUGAAUGAAGGAUUUGCCAAAUACAUGGAGUUCAUCUCAGUGGAGGCCACCUACCCUGACCUCAAAGUGGAGGAAUAUCUUCUGGACACCUGUUUUUCAGCAGUUGGUCAUGAUUCGUUGAACUCUUCCCGGCCAAUAUCCAGCCCAGCAGAGAACCCGACUCAGAUCAAGCAGAUGUUUGACACAGUUUCCUAUGAAAAAGGAGCAUGUGUCCUCCACAUGCUGCGACACUUUCUGACGGAUGAUGUGUUCCAGAGGGGGAUAGUACGAUACCUCCGCAAAUACAGCUACAGAAAUGCACACAACCAGGACCUGUGGGACAGCCUCACCAAUACAUGCUCCGAAGAGGACUUCAUCUCAGGAAAACACUGUUACAGCAGCAGCCAGGCGUCCAAGAAUGCAUACCUGUUUGCAGGGGAGCAUAUGGACCUGACCGCCAUGAUGAACACGUGGAUUCAGCAGAAAGGUAUUCCUCUGGUAACUGUAACUAGAAAGGGGCCCCAUCUGCUGCUGAGACAGGACAGGUUCCUGAGGACAGUGCUGCCCUCUGACCCUCUCUGGUCCACUUCGCAACAGGGCUUCCUUUGGCACAUCCCCCUGACUUACAAGACAGAUGCUUCCAGCACCAUCCACAGACACCUUAUGACAACACACACAGACCGUAUACAUAUAGGAGAGGAAGUCAGCUGGGUGAAAGUAAACUCUGACAUGACGGGCUAUUACGUGGUUCAUUAUGAGGAUGGUGGUUGGGACGAGAUGACAAAACUACUGAGAGAAAACCACACUGCUCUCAGCUACAAAGACAGGACUCACUUGAUACACAACGCCUUUCAAUUGGUCACGGCAGGUCAUCUGUCGCUCGAUAAAGGCUUAGACCUGAUUGGUUACCUGCAAGUGGAGACGCACACUGUGCCUCUCCUCCAAGGACUGGGCUAUCUGGAGACCUUUUACCGGAUGAUCGAGAAAAGGAAUGAGGUUGAUGUAAUAAGCAACCUGAGGAUCUACAUCCUGCGAUUUUUCCGUGCGGUCAUUGACCAGCAGACGUGGAGCGACAGAGGCUCUGUGUCCGAGCGAAGGCUGAGGUCAAAUGUCCUGUCACUGGCCUGCCAGCUGGAGGACCCUCCCUGUCUGGAGCGGGCACAGCAGAGCUUCAAAGACUGGCUUCAGUCCAACGGCUCACUUAACUUGCCAACUGACGUGGCAGAGACGGUGUUUGUAGCUGGAGCUCAGGAUGACCACGGCUGGGGUUCACUCUUACACAAAUACAACAGCUCUCUCUCUGGAGCACAAAAAAGCAAAAUCCUCUUUGCCUUGACCUACAGCAAAGACACAAACAAACUACAGAGACUGCUGGAGUUGGGUCUUGAGGGGAAGGUGAUUCGUUCCCAGGACCUGUCCUCUGUUGUCCUGAUGGUGGCCAGGAACCCACGGGGACAUCACCUCGCCUGGAACUUUGUCAAAAAAAACUGGGACACAUUAGUUCAAAAGUUCCAGUUGGGCUCAUUUUGUAUUAGAAACAUCAUCAUAGGCACCACAGGCCAGUUUUCAUCUCCAGAGGAACUCACAGAGGUGCAGUUGUUCUUUGAGUCCAUCAAAGAGCAGUCGUCUCAGCUGAGAGCGGCUCAGAUGGCCCUGGACAACGUGCAGAAAAAUGUUCGCUGGUUUCAGAGGAACCUAGAGACUCUGAGAAGCUGGUUGAACAAACAGUUGCAGUGAAAGAAGGCAGAAAGAGAGUUAGAGGUCAACAGAUACCACAGAGGGGAUAUUUGAAAGGUUUUUUGAAUUUUGUACGUGUGUUUUUAUUUGCUUAUGGUAAAGUGUUUGAUAUCACUGGAGAGUUGACAGUUUUGUAUAUACAUGAGUGUGCUAUUGUAAAUUAUCAGGGGACAUAUUUGUUAGACCCAGAGAGAGAUUACAUGCUAGGUAGUCUAUUUACCAAAUUGACAAUAAACGUGUUCAUUGUA